UUUCAUUGUACCAGCUGCGAUCUGGCCUUGACCUCUCGUUCGAUGCUCGAGAAAUGGGUGCUAACGCGUCUUCGCAUGCUGUAAAUAAUAGGCAAUUCUCCAUUGAGCUGGUAACGUUAAAGCAAGGCUCCGAUUCGGUCACCAUUCGAAUCGAUCGCGACGAUGUGUACAUAAAGCUUUUGGGAGGAUCAGAAUCAGCAUUCAAGCUCAGUUCAUUGCUGGAAGAUCCCGACCCUUCAACGCCCACGCAUUGGAAAUCUGUCCAAUCAAUCGCUCGUUUAAGCACGGCCGCCUAUCAACGACUACGUGGACGGAAUCCAACUCUGACGGUAGAUUACAGUGAGGAUCUGUUGGUCACAUUUUCUUUCAGAGUGACGGGAGAAUGCCCAAGGGGAUUAUUGUUCAUCGUUGCGGGGAGUUCAGCCGAGCUGCAACGUGUUCUGUCAAAGGGGAACGACAUCUCUACGUCUAACGCGCACGUAGUAAACCCGGAUCCAACCUUAAUCGUGAACGGCGAUGGGUUUAAGAUCUACGAAUGGACAUGGGCAUACGUGGCUCCUCCUGCCACCGGACAAACGGAAUUGAAGAGUAUUGCGCUGCCUCCAACUGGCGGAUGGAAAACUUCCUGUUAUUUUGGAGUUUAUGACGCUGAGGAAAAGCAAUCUCAGGCAUUGGCUACCUUUGAUUUCUUUGUUUCAUCCCCUAUGCCACCUCCUCCCACUCGUGCACACAGCCAAACCUCGUCCGUUGCGCUCUCAGGUUUCAGCUCACGGAGAGAAUCAGUUGUCGGAUCAGUAGAACCAGCAGCAAUUUCACCCCUAUCUCCACACAGCGAAGGAAACGAGUCAGCCACCUCACCACGAUCGUCCGUCUCUUCACCCAUUUCACCUGCUGCAAUAUCUCCAGCGGGUGUAGGGGGCCAUCGCAGAGAACUUUCCAGCGGGACUGGAAGCUCUAUGCUCAAUCUUGAUGAAGUGGAUGAUGAGCCUGCCUUCCGUGCUACGAUUGAGAGUUUGGAAAAAAAGACCGCCAACCUCAAACACGCAGUAAAGAAGACAUCAAAGCAGGUGGAUGAGUAUGUUAAUACCGCCCGAUCUUUCAUGCAUGCUGGAAGAAGCCUUGCUGCAGCCAUUUCAGCAAUCCCCAAUGUAGAUGUUGCGGUAAUUAAUCUUCUAAACGAAGUGCAGAAGGAGGUGGACAAGGCAACAGAGAUCCUUUUGAAUCAAGUUCAAGGGACAUUUAUCGAGCAACUUGAUCUUCUGUACCGUACUCAGAUUAAAGCGGCUGAAGGUCAAAAGAAAGGCUUUGAUCAAGAAGCCAAGGAUUUUAACGCUUCCGAGCAAAAAUACCUCUCCAUUAAAAGUCACGACAAAAAGCUGCUUGAGGCAGAUUCGAAAUGGCAAGAAAAGAAGAAAAAUUACGAGCUGAAAAGGCUGGAUUAUUACUGUCAUUUGAAAGAUCUGCACGGAGCGCAUAUGGAGCGAGACUUGAAUUUCACCUUCACAGUGCUGGCGGAGAAACAGAUGUCCUUUUUCAAGUCCAUUGCCGAUAAGUUGAUCAAAAAGAAAGAUGACCUCGACACCCUAUCGAAUAAAUGGAAGGAGUCAAAUGAAAAAUAUAACGAGGAAAAGAGGGAACGAGAGGAGAGGCGCAAGCUGAUUGAAUCGAAGGCUCAGCUACUUAUCGAUAGCACUGGGACGGGGGAAGUCUUGAGUGAUGAGGAAAACGGUCGACCAUUAUCCGCGGACGCGGCAGGAAAUAAGUUCCGUGGUAUCCGGGAUUUGGUUCAAACACAUGACUCGGAGUCGGCCUCGUUAGGGCGAAGAAAGAAGGGUUACCUCUUCGUUGCGGUAGCUCCGACAACAGGUGGUGGACAUCAAAAGGCCACUGCUGGGUUACUUAGCUGGAGAAAACUUUGGUGCGUUCUGUCAGGUGGCCAGUUACAAGAAUGUCUAUUAAAGAAGAAUCAAGCAGAGUUGAUCCACACCGUCAAUCUACGGUUCUGCACUGUGCGUGAGGCCCGCAAUAUCGACCGACGCUUCGCGUUCGAGUUAAUAGGGCCGCAUAUUGGUCGCCGCUUAUAUCAAGCAUCUGAUGCUGAAGAUAUGAAAUCAUGGAUAGUGGUAAUCCAAAACUCCAUCGAAGGGAUGCUCAGUGGAACCAGUACGAUAUUCGAGAACGUAGGCCCCGACUACGUUGUGCCUUUAGGGAGAGCAAGUCGUGCCAUGACCCCAUCAACAGAGAACUUGCCUGGCGGGGAACUCGAUACGCAAAUUCCAGGAAGAGUUCUAGAAAUCAUUAGAGAAUCAGAUCCAGCAAAUUCAGUUUGUGCAGAAUGCGGUGCGAAGGGACCAGACUGGAUAAGCAUUAACUUGGGGUGCAUUUUAUGUAUUGAUUGCUCUGGAAUUCAUCGUAGUCUUGGAACCCACAUUACCAAGAUUCGCUCUCUCACCCUUGAUACGGUGAGUUGGACUCCAGAAUUGAUGGCAGUGUUGAAGAAUAUCGGAAACGCGAAAUCCAAUUCCAUAUGGGAAGCGACAGCAACACCCGAAACAAAGCCCACUGCAACGGACCGGCGAGAUCUUAAGGCCCAAUACAUUCGUGACAAGUACGUGAGUCGUACGUUCCUCGACAAAGCAUCACUCCAAUCUGAGGACAGCGAUCCGCAGAAGCUAUUGCAGAAAGCAGCACAUGAUAAAGACAUACUUGCCGCUUUGAAGGCAAUGGCCUUCGGUGCAGACAUCAAUUUUUCCAAUUCCUCAACACAUAGUGCUCUCAUAACUGCCCUCGGCUAUCCCUCGCCACCGCCACCACGACGAAACAGUUCUAUCAUACAGCCUCUACCAUUAUCAUCUCCUUCACCCACUUCAUCCCCACAUCCAAUCAGUUCCUCUGUUAAGACAUCAACGUCACCGUCUCCCCGAAUGGUCGUGGCAGAAUUCCUCCUUCAAAAUGGCGCAAAAAUUGAUGCUGUCGACGAAGUACCGACCACCGCCGGCCCAAAUGUGCUUUGUUUUGAUGGUGAACAAACUCUUCCUGGCGUGGAAGGCUCCGUAACUAGGCGAAUGAACGCACUGCAUUUUGCUGCCUUAUAUCACGAUGUGGAGGCGGUUGGGUUUUUACUGGGUAAAGGUGCAGAUCCAAAUAUUCGGGACGGAUUAGGGAAGACGCCACUAGAAUUGGUGGAGAUUGGGAGAAGGUGGAGAUCAAAAUCAGCCGCUGCUUCAUAUCCAGAGCCAGAAGAACCUAGUUCAACAUCGGAUGCUGGCAUAUCGUGCGAAGGAAGGUUAAGAGAUGCUUUGGCAAAGUGGCAAAAUAGAUAGGGUUUCAAAUCGUGCUCAUUUAUAAAUAUUGUACAAACCAUGGUCGAUAGUAUUAAUAAAGCAUAAACAGUAUGGGAGAUCCGUG